GUGUAUCUUCCAUGAAGGGAUAGUGGGUCAGAGCCUGAUCCCGACGCACCGCUUCCCCAGGAUGGCUAUCGUGUUUGAUGUGAUGGUCAUGCCUUACAGUGCGGAGGCAGCAGCCGGGAGCUCGCCGCUUGCCACGUGGCAGCUGCGCAGAGUGGAUGGACGUGGCAAGCAUCAGCUCCUCGGCCACUCCCCAUAUAUCAGGGGACAGCUGGAGGGGCGGCAUUGUCCUCUGCGAAGACCGACAGCCAUAUGUCGCCCAAGUGUGCAUGGUCCGCGAUGGGAUCGGGCUGGGGGGUCUGGUCCGGCUGGCUGCUCGUGCAAGAAGCGAGGAGACGCCGUUUCUUUAACACCCAUGCUUCAUUGCUACGCGCAGGCGCGCUAUGGUGGGGGGCUUCGUUUCCGUGGUCAUCCCCCCUCCAGCGCGCCCGGUUUCCUUCACAGGCAGAGCGCACACGGAUCAGAAGGGAGGUUUCGGCCGACAUUCAUCUUUCGAUGCCGAAAUCACCGGGAGAGAAAGAGCAUGGCGGAAUUUCUCCGGGUGUUCGCAGUCUCUGGGACCGAUAACCUUACCCCUCAUGAGUCGAGGGGGGAACUGAAAGAGGCGGCCAACGAACACCUACCGGUAGUGGGCGGCAUUUUCGAGGAAACGUCGCAAUCUCCCCCCCCGCAUAAGCAUGCGCUAAGGACCAGAAAGAUACCUCAGACUUGUGGUUCAUGGGGCUUCAAGUUUUCCCGCAAUCUUCUUGUGGUCAGUGUUGGGAUUCUUCUUGGGCUGGCAGCCUCCUCAAGGAAAAGGCUGGGUGGCUAUCAUCGACUCGUCUCUCCUGUGUAUGCAGCGGCCACUGAAGUCCAGGUACCCUAUAUGAAGCCAGGACAGGAGUGGUAUAAGAGAAAACCCACGACAGGUGAAAGAUUUUUCUAUGCUGUGGACCAUUUCUUUUCAACGCGACCUGAAGGAAAGGCUGUUGUCUUUGGGGCAAUUGUUGUGGGCACCGUCCUUGCUGGUGGAUUGGCAUUCUACCAGGCGGCCAAAUCAGAGGGAGAUGAUAUGGAGUUUUCUGAAGCAUUUUGGUCUGCGUGGGCCUUAAUUGCCGAUUCAAGCUUCCAUAUUGGACAGAGAACUAUCAUGAAGAGGAUCGUCGCCUUUCCGUUAACAGUCGUUGGACUGGUGUUCUUUGCAUUGCUUGUGGGUCUCAUCACUGAGUCUAUUGAGAGUAAGGUAGAAGGCCUCAGAAAUGAUGGUGGGGUGGCUCUGGAGCAAAAUCAUACUCUGAUUAUAGGCUGGUCACCAAAGACGAUCAAGCUUGUCAAGCAACUUGCUCUCUCAAAUAAAUCCAGGAACAAGAAGCAGAAACGUGCAGUGGUCAUCAUGGGGAGUACUGAAAAGCGAGCAAUGGAUGAAGAGUUGCGCAAAGCAGUUCCAUUAUAUGAACGAUAUGGUUCAACGAUCGUGACAAGAGAGGGGACACCAAUGGUGCUGGACAGUUUGCGGAAAUGCAGCACAUCGGACGCCAAGUCGAUAGUUGUGCUCUCUCCUGAGGAGAAAAGGCUCCCAGAUGAGAAAGAUGCUCAGGUGCUGCAAACAUGUCUUGUUCUUGCAUACUAUCCUGAAGCGAAAGCUGAGGUUAUUGCUGAGAUGGCAGAAAUUGACAAUAUCAAGGUAUUGAGGAAAAUGGCACAGAAACUGCCCAGGCAUCCAACUCAGCAUGGGAUUCAAGCACUCCCACUAGAAACCCCUGAGAAGGGGGGUCUUGCAGUAAGGCAGAUGAAAAUGAUCCCAGUACAAGCUGGUGAUAUAUCAUUACGUAUGAUGGUUGAGCGGGUUCUUCAGCCAGGGCUUGCUGCAACUGUUAUGGAGCUCGUCAACUUCGCAGGCUGUGAGUUCCACACAAAGGAGUGGCCAGAGCUUGUGGGAAAGACGUUUGGUGAAGCCGUGUUUAUGUUCAAGAAUGCAAUCCCCUGUGGGAUUCGGGGACAAAAACCCACUGCACUUUCAUCCUUCGUGCAAGUCAACCCUCCACUGGACACAAUCAUCAAGCCUGGAGAUAAGCUUCUGGUUAUCUCAAGAGAUGAGGACAGCUACAGUUUGGAUGGUCCACACGGCCCAGCAGUUCUGGGAGAAGGAAGUGGAGUAGGAGCAGCCAUGGGUGAUAUCAAGCAAUGGAAACCCAAGAAACAGAAUCAAAAACAGAAGCCAAUUCGGAUGUUAAUUUCAGGAUGGAAGAAUGACAUCUGCAGCAUCCUGUCUGUCCUUGACCACUCCCUUCCUAAAGGCAGUGAAAUAACUAUGCUGUCACAGGUUCCAGCUCAGGAAAGGGAGGAAGAGAUUGCAACUGGGCCACCACUUGUCAACAUCAAUAUUGUCCAUGCCUUUGGAAGCCCCCUGUCCAGGAGAACGCUAGAGGAACUGCCAGUGGAGACAUAUGACAAGGUGAUGGUUUUGGGCAUGGAUUUUAACUCGGAAGCAAUACUGGACGACACAUCAUCAUCCACAACAGCUAUGUAUAUUCGCCACAUCCAGGUGGAGCGAGGUUGCGUCGAUUCAUUCAUAGUUGCCGAGGUACAUAACAGCGACUUUGACGCACUGGAUCGCGUGCAAACAGGCUGGAUUGACGACAAGGUUGAUGCAGAGCAGGUCAAGGCGAUGAUACUUGCGCAUCUGGCAGAAGAUUCGGACGUCGGUUCCGUUCUCGACGAAAUUGUGUCCGAGAAAGGCAGCAGUCUCAAGCUUCGUCAGGCAUCCACUUUGGUCUGCGAUGGCGAGGUCCUCAGUUUCUGGGAACUCCAAGAGCGAUCACUGAAGAGAGGUGAGGUUGUGGUCUCUAUCAAGUGUCAAGACAAUGGUGGUGAAUGGGUGGUUAAUCCAGACAACAAGGACAAGAAGUUGAAAUGUGACAAAAGGGAAGAGGAAAAAGAGGAUCAGCCGCCACCACCACAGCAGCAGCAGCAGCAGCAGCAGCAGAAGGAGGAGGAGGAGGAGGAGGAGGUGGUAGUAGAGGAGGGAUCGAGGCCGGGCUGCAUUCUCAGUGUGUCAUGUGGUGGAAACUCUGAUGACCAAGCAAAGACAAAGGAGGAAGGAGGACGAGAGGAAGAAGAGGAGGAGGAGGAGUGAGUGAGGGGGCUGAACAGGGGUUUUGGUUGGGGGUUGAAAUGAGGGGUAAGGGUGGGGUUGAGGUGGUGAAUGGAACACAUAAUAUUUGCCUACCGGUAGUAAUGGGACUGAAUUCAGUCCCAUACUUAUUCAGUAGACAAAUAAUAUUAAUAACACGUGAUAUGGGACUGAAUGUUGUGAUGAAUUGAGAGCUGGAGCGGGGUAAUGGCCCCAAUCCCAAUGUCAUUCGGGGUUGAAUUGUUGUGAGGACUCCGUCAGCUUGUUGCGUAAUAAAUUACUAAGAAAUUA